UGUCGACACCCAAUCUGAGAUUCUGCACGCGAUUUUACGCGUCAAAGCGCCUGGACAGGCUAUACAAGCCUCUUAGAGACGCCGUCGGUCGUGCUCGCAAUGGCUGCAGCGCGCCGACAACCGUCCUUGCAGAUUUUUCAGGACCCUCUCACUCCCCAGGCCUUCCACCGCGCCAACACGUACGACCCGCGAUACUUGGAUGCCUUUGUGUCUGUCACCGACGUGUCAAACGCCUCCCACACACUCCUCUCACCGCCACAAGCCCUGACAGGCGCGCCUUCUCCGCGGAAGGGCCGACAGAUCUCCAGCUCUCCCCCUCCCAGUGCCCUCGUCGAGAAAGGCCUCAACUCCGUGUCUCUGCCUCCGCCACGAGAGCAGAGCUUCCGUACAGACGCGCCUCCAAAGAAGUCACAGCCGUCCGUACCUGACAUGGCACAACCCUUAGCGGGGUUCUGGGCCAGUUCCCAAACACAAAUCGACAAAGAGAACGCGUCCUCUUAUGCCGCGCCUUUCACAUCCAAGAUGUCAGCCGCAGAACCGUUAGUGAAGCAAACGACCAAGCGGGGUGUCAUAGACGCGACGCCGCUACGGGAUCGCAGCAAGAAACCCAAAGCCAAGGAAGUGAAGAUCGAGGAAGCAGAGGGCCCGCUGCCAGAACCAGAGGCUAUGCCCGGAGUCGAGGACGACGGAAACAAGCCAUCGUACAGCUACGCAAUGCUCAUUGGCAUGGCCAUCCUGCGGGCACCAAGCCGUCGAUUGACACUCUCCCAAAUCUACAAGUGGAUUUCAGAUACUUUCGCCUUCUACCGCAACUCCCCGGAGACGGGUUGGCAGAACAGCAUCCGCCACAACCUGAGUCUGAGCAAGUCGUUCUCUAAGCAAGAGCGCCCAAAGGACGACCCUGGAAAGGGCCACUACUGGAUCAUCAACGCUGGCUUCGAGAAGCAGUACCACAAGAUCAAGAUAGCCCGCCGACUCACCAACCCUGAUACUUUCUUGCCAGCAUACCCUAGUGACCUGCCACAACCGACCACGUCAACGUCUGCUAGCUUUCCGCCAAUGAGCGCGACUAAGGGGUUCGACUCGAGCAAGUUCACAGAGGAGCCCGAGCUGCCUUCUUCAGACGCCACUAUUCUCUGCUCGGACCCAGCUGCCCAUGACGGACAUGAUCCUAUGAGCAUGCCACCGCCACGCCAAAUUCCAUCCUCGCCCCCACCAGCAGAUAUUCGGUCCUCACCCCCACCGCCUGCUUCGCGCCCGCGUUCAGCUCGUGAUGACACGCCGCCUCGCGCACCACGCCUCCCGUCCAACAGCCGAUCCGGCGGACGAAAACGCAAGUUUCACGUUCUUAAUGACAGCGGCUACUAUUCGUCUAUUGAAUCAUCUGCCAUGAAAGGCAACCCCCUUGGGCCGCUACUCACUUCUGAUGCAGAUCAUGAGCGCCCAAUCAAGCGCGGACGCGCCGAAGAGGAAAUCGCUCGCAUACGUGGCUCCUCAUACGACUCUCCGUCGAAGACUCGGCCCUACAUGAAGCAGCCGGCAAAUGCCAGCAUCAUCUCGUCACCGUUCCGCCAGCCUGGAAAACUGAACAAUCCAUUAACCCCUGCCAUCGUCUUCAAGCGUCCUGCUCUUCCACCGGCUUCGGCAUCUCCAAAUACCAAUCUGCGCAACCAUCGCAACAAAAUGCGAGAACUUGUUGGCGGCUCGCCAGACAAAAGCCUGGCCAUGUGGGUAGAUACGUCCUUCUUGGAUGGCAAGGGCUGGAGCCCGGCUGUCUCGAUACCAAACGAGGAGCAUGUGAACCUAGUGGGUGAAGGCUUUGAAAGCACUUUUGACGUCUUCGGCAACUUCAGCUAUAAUGAUAGCCCAAUCAAGCGGAGUACAAAACGUCCUCGUCUGGAACGUGCUGCAAGCACAGGCGGCCUUCUUGCAAAUGUCACUGGUGCGAGGAACAACGUAGCCAACUCUCCGACGCCUAACUGGAAGAUGUCGUCCUCCUUUCUCAACAUCCCAAAUCUGUCGCCGGCUAAGAAUCUCUCCCCGCUAAAGGCUCCCAUCCUGAAACCGUCGACUUCACACCCACUGCCAGCCUUCUCGUUCCACAACGUGAACAAGGAGAACGGCCGCACUGGCCUCACCCCUCCGAAGUCAUUCCACAUCUCUGCAACACAGCAACAGCAACAACAAGACGACGAUGAUAUCUUCCACCUCCUGCACAGCGACGAGUCUGAGCCAGGUAUUGAUCUCUUGCAGGGUUUCGAAAAGAUUGGAGCCAGGACAUCUGCCGUCGCACCGAAUGGAUCACCUCAGAAGGCAUCUGCGAGGCCAGGUAUGGUCCGCAGCUCCACAGUGCGAUUCUAGGAUUUACAUGUGGACAAUGA